AUGGGAGGAGGCGGCGGUGGUAAAGCCGAGGCCGAGGCGCUUGAAGUCGCCCGCGCCGGUGGCCAUCAAGUAGAUAACCUGAUUGACGAAAUGGAGGAGGAACUUGCCGCAGCUGGCGGUCUCGAGCGAGGAUUCUUUAACGUCGAGUUCAAGGAUCCCAGACACUUCACAUGGCUUCUGGUAGCCUUUGCUAGUAUGGGAGGCUUGCUUUCCGGAUUGGACCAGAGUCUCAUCUCAGGUGCAAACUUGUAUCUUCCCAAGGAUCUGGGUCUUUCACCACGAGAGAACAGUCUCGUCAACUCGGGCAUGCCACUCGGUGCUGUCGGUGGCGCCCUCAUUCUGUCUCCUGCCAACGAAUAUCUUGGAAGAAAAGGUGCUAUUUACUUGUCUCUGGUCUUGUAUACCAUUGGUGCAGCUCUGGAAGCGGGUGCCAUUGAUUUCGGCAUGAUUGUUGCCGGUCGUGUUAUCCUCGGCCUCGGAGUUGGCCUGGAAGGAGGUACGGUCCCCGUCUACGUCGCGGAAACAGUCGAACGGCGUAUUCGAGGAAAUCUGGUCUCAUUGUACCAACUCAUGAUUGCCCUUGGAGAAGUUCUGGGUUAUGCCGUUGCUGCUAUGUUUCUCAGACUCCCUGGCAACUGGCGAUAUAUUCUCGGUUCUUCUUUGGUGUUCUCUACCAUUAUGUUUGCUGGCAUGCUAUUUCUGCCGGAAAGCCCUCGAUAUCUUAUGCACAAAGGAAAAGUUCUCGAUGCUUUCAAGGUUUGGAAGCGCAUUCGAGGCGUCGAUACCGGCGAAUCCAGAGAGGAAUUCUACGUCAUGGCCGUUGCGGUCCGUCAGGAAUCCAGUACUGUUACUGAGGCUGCUGAAAACAGGCGAUUCCCUUGGAUGGACUUUUUCACCGUCCCUCGCGCCCGACGUGCAGUCGUCUACGCAAAUAUCAUGAUUCUCCUCGGUCAGCUCACAGGUGUCAACGCCAUCAUGUACUACAUGUCCGUGUUGAUGAACCAGAUCGGAUACGAAGCAGAAAAGGCCAAUUACAUGUCCUUGGUUGGUGGCGGUGCCUUGUUGAUUGGUACCAUUCCCGCUGUCUUCCUCAUGGAGACUUGUGGUAGACGAUUCUGGGCCAUCAUGAUGUUGCCUGGCUUCUUUCUCGGCUUGGUUCUCAUCGGCAUUGGCUACCAAAUCAAUAUCAAGACGCACACCAUGGCUGCUGAGGGCUGCUACCUUACUGGCUUGAUCAUCUACAUGGGCUUUUUUGGCUCAUACGCUUGUUUAACAUGGGUCGUACCAUCGGAAGUCUACCCAACUUACCUCCGAAGUUACGGCAUGACCACCUCUGACGCCCUUCUCUUCCUGGCCUCUUUCGUGGUCACCUACAACUUCACCGCCAUGGAAGACGCCAUGACCCCUACUGGUCUCACGCUCGGAUUCUACGGCGGCAUUGCCGUUCUCGGUGAAAUCUAUCAAGUGCUCUUCAUGCCAGAGACCAAGAACAAGACACUUGAGGAGAUUGAUCUCGUAUUCGAGCGACCAACUAUGGACAUUGUAAGAGAGAAUUGGGCGGGAGUGAAGGAGAAUAUGACAGAUUUGUACCAUGGGCGUUUCCGAAAGGUGUUUGUCGCUCAGACUGAUCGUCGACAGAGUUUCGAUGAGCUGGAGAAGCGUAUUGCCUAA